UUAUUUGCACUGAGAAAAUAUCAUUGAGAGUAAGAAGAGGAGAAACGGCAAAGAUGAGCUCCAGAGUUUUCCUUCUUCUCGCCCUUCUGGCAGCCAUUGUUCUCUUCACGUCGGAGGCAGCAGCUCGGGAUUUGGCCGAGACAACCUCUACCGAUAAGAACGAUGUAAACGACGCCAAGUACCCGGGAGGUGGAUAUGGGGGAAACCCUGGUCGUGGUGGUGGGGGAGGUGGACGUGGACGUGGUGGUGGGGGACGCGGAAGGGGGCGGUGCUACUAUGGCUGCUGUGGCGGUGGCUACCACGGGGGGUGCAGGUGCUGUGCUUCCGCUGCCGAGGCUGCUCAGAAGGCGACAGAGGUCAAGCCCCAGAACUAAGGAAAACCAAAGUACUCGAUCUAAAGAUAAUUAGUCCGUAUACGGAUGUUGUUAUGUGCUGAUCAUCGGGAUAAAUAAGUGCAAGAAGUAUCACGACGCGGUACGUGGUGGUGAGGGAGGCGGAAAGGGGCGGUGCCGCUAUGGCUGCUGUGGCGGUGGCUACCACGGGGGGUGCAGGUGCUGUGCUUCCGCUGCCGAGGCUGCUCAGAAGGCGACAGAGGUCAAGCCCCAGAACUAAGGCAAACCGAAGUCCUCAAUCUAAAGAUAAUUAGUCCGUAUACGGAUGUUGUUAUGUGCUGAUCAUCGGGAUAAAUAAGUGCAAGAAGUAUCACGAUGUGGUACGGGAGCUUGCCAUGUACACUAGGCUGGCUAUUUUACCGAUAGCCAGCAAUGGUUAAAGUCAUAUGUGUGUCAAUAUAGGUUCGAUCAAGUUACUUCUGAAUAAAAUCGUGAAGUUCUAGCUAA